AUAUUGGGCUUUGGGAUCUCCCCUAACAAGAAAACACGAUGGCAGAACUUAGUCUGGGUAUAUUGAUAGACGUUCUAGAUGAGGAAUGGAUGAGAGACACACUCCCUCAUGAUGAUCUUCUACUCCCGCCAGUGCUGGUUGUUCGGACCGAUGACACUGAGGACUCAAAUCAGGAGGCUCAACCAGUUGAUGCUGAUGCUUGGCAUGAUCUUGCACUAGCUAACCAAUGAAGCUUCUCCUGAAUCAGAGUGGUCCGUUACAAGUGAUUUCCUUCAAAUUGGAAAUUUUAUUAUCUUAUUCUCUUGCUGUUUUCGCAUAGUAGAUUCUCGAAUUUCAGUAAUCCAUGUUCUUGUGGAUGUGCCGAAGUUUGAUUAGAAAUUGUUUUUUUGUUUUAGUUCUUUUGUAUCUUCCUGUUAAAAAUUCCUGUUAGAAGUUAUGUGCAUGUUGGUAACAGUCAAUUUAGGUACUCCAAAUGGGUUUAUGCUUCUCUCCUUUGUCAUUGUUGUGUGGAGACAUUGAAAUGUUGUUUAUUAUUAUGAGAACUGUAUCAGAUUUGUAUAAAA